GGCAGUGGCGAGCACGGGGAGCCCCAGGCCUCGCAGCCCGUCGCCGGGAUACGGGCACUGUCGAGCGCGGGGAGCCCCAGGCCUCGCAGCCCGUUGCCGGGAUACGGGGCACGGGCGGGUGCGGGGAGCCCCAGGCCUCUCAGCCCGUCGCUGGGAUACGGGGCACGGGUGGGCGGAGGGAGCCCCAGGCGUCACAGUGGAGGGAGGAGAGCACAGGUGUCAUGGGGAGACCAAAGCGGCAGAAACUGCCCAAUACGAGUGAGACCCCCCUCGGGGAUCCUGGCCUGGGCCCCAGCCCCUUGAAUCCCAGCGCCCUGUUACUGGUGGGGCAGCCCCCCCAUGGUGCCCUGGGGAGACCCGGCAUUAACCCCUGUCUCUCCCCACAGCCCUGAAGCGAGCCGUGCUCGGCCUGCUGCCCGCCUGCUGUGCCCGCUUCCUCUGGAGCCAGCCCGACCAGCUCCGCCUCAGCAAGUUCUUCCUGGGCGCAGGCGUUGGGGGCUUCCUGGCCCUCGGUGAGUCCAGCUGGGACCUGUAGGCAGGCUGGGGAGGCCCUUUGGAGCUGUUAGAACCCAGGACGGCCAGGAUACGGGGUGUCAGUGCCCUGGGCUGGGGUGUCUCCCCGCACUUCCGCUGCGCCAGCCUCCUGGUGGCCCCCAAGUUCCUGGGCAAGGAGGGGAGGCUCUACCUGCUCACCUACGUCCUGGCUGCCGUCUAUGACGGCCCCAUCGCCAACAUGCGGCACAACCUGGACGAGGUGAUCCGCUCCGUGGGCUGCACCGUGGAGCUGCAGAUCAACCACAGCCGGCAGAUCUGGAAGGUGUCCACGGCCCCCCUGCGUGCCGUGCUGCGCGACAUGGUGAAAGGCGGACAGACCCUCAAUGCGGAGACCCGGAACGUCUCGCAGGCUUUUGCGGGGCUGAACGAGCAGGUGGCCAGCGAGGCGGGGUACGGCGUGAGGCGCCCGCGCCGGGCACAGGGGCAGCGCGCCGCCAGCACACAGCAGCUGUACGAGCAGAAAACCAAACUGCGCUGCAAAUAUGUGAUUGACGAGGCGAUCGGGCGCUGCCAGGCCUGGUUCGACGCCAAGCACCAAGCCUGUCUGCAGUGCAUUGCAGUGCCCCUCAUCAGCCAUCUGCUCUGCCUGCCCAUGAAGUUCAAGUUCCUCUGCCACGUGGUGCAGGUGAUGCACGCCUGGUGCAGGGACAAGAUCCCCGUGGAGGGAAACUUUGGCCAAACCUACGACAAGGUGAACGGCUCCGUGGCCGGCAUCAGCCAGGACUUCAGCGCCCAGCUGGUCGUCCAGCACGAGCCCCAGGACACGCUGAUGGGCGUGAACGUGUCCCGGGAGCGGCUCACCGAGGAGGUGACCUCGCACGUGCGUCAGCAGAGCGUCCGGCUGGGCCAGGCCAUCUCCGUGCUGCGCCUGCUGCUCUCCUGCACCUUCCUCUUCGUCUUCAUCUCCGCUUUCUCCUACACGAACCACUAUAACCAUGACAUCCGCUUCGACAACCUCUACGUCACCACCUACUUCCGCCAGCUUGACGCCCGGCGCUGGAAGCAGAAGAAGCGUACGUUGCUGCCCCUGCGCCGGGCCGAGGUCUCCGGCGUGAUCUUCCCCUGCAGGCUGGCCGUGCAGCCGCCCGAGCUGAAGAGCCUGAUGCUGGAGCUGCUGGAGUGCGUCCCCCCACUGCUCUUCCUGCUGCUGUCCUGGGGCCUCGACCACGUCCUCUACACCAUGUUCAGCGUCAUCCGGCACCACUCCUUCGUGCAGUACUCCUUCCGCAGCAGCCACCACCUGGAGGUGCGGGUCGGGGGCCGCUCCCUGCUGGCCCGGCUGCUCCGAAGCACCAUCGGCGCCUUGAACACGUCCUCCGAGAUGGCACUGGAGUCGACUAACCUGGGUGAGGGUGGGGGAGAUGGACACCCCUCCCCCACAUGGAGGGUGCCCCCCCCAGGCAUGGGGCUCCUGAGGGCGCAGGCUCCCGUGGCCUGGCCCAUCUCUGCCCAAGCCCAGCUGCUCUCCAGAGCCUGUGGAUAUUCCCCCUCCCCUCUGGAAAUUCACGGGGGUCGUCCGGGCGAGACCCCAGGGCAGCGCCCUCUCCCCUGCUCGGCGCUCCGGCUGCUUGGGGCGGGGGACGAGGGGAACACGGAGCCGAGGCCUCACCCUGUCUGUCUGGCCCCCGCAGCCUGCCUGCCGCAGCCCCAGGCCAUGGCGCAGAGCGACUACCUGGCCAGCUGCCUGCCCCUGGGGGCCCUGGUGCUGCUGUGUCUGGGGCAGGUGUAUGCCCACCGCCUGCGCCGCGUCAUUGCUGCCUUCUACUUCCCCAAGCGGGAGAAGAAGCGGGUUCUCUUCCUGUACAACGAGCUGCUGCGCAAGCGCCAGGCCUUCGUCCGGCUGCAGAGGAGACGCAUCGCCCGGCGAGCCCGGCGGCACCAGGCCUUUGAGAAGCCCCUGCUGGAGCGUUUCUACCUCUGGUGCCCACUUCUGCGCCGCUGCCUGCGCCGGUACUGCGUGCUGUGCGGCUCGCCCGAGAGCCGCACCGCCCAGCUGUGCCCCACGCCCACCUGCGGCACCAUCUACUGCCAGCCCUGCUGGAGGGACAUGGGGCAGGUCUGCUUCGCCUGCACCCCCGGCCACGCGCCCCUGUCUGGAGACAGCAGCAGCGAGGAGCAGAUGACCUACGCGGACUGAGGCGCGGGGGGCCAGCGGGAGGCUCCUCCCCAGGACGGGGCUCCUGGCUCAUUAAACAGACGCUGGUCUUGGCCUUCCUGGCUGUCUCAUGUCCCCCUCUAGCAGCUGGUGCACAGGCAGGAUAACAGCCUGCUCCUCCUGCUGGCUGAGGGAGUUAGUCCUUUAAGCUCCAAAGGCUGGGGGCUGUGCUAGCGUCCUGGGUUCAAACCCUGGUGGGAGCCUGUGGUCAGGGCAGUCCCGAGGAGCUGGUGUUUGCAGAGCAGGGGCUGAUCCUCAACUCUCUCCUCCCAUCUUUGGUCCUGCCCCAGUCCCCCCACCCCCGCAUGCCUGUGACGCAGCUGGGAGCCAGCGCCACUAAGGCCAGAGUUUUGUAUGACUCAGCUCCAGAUGUGUGGACCCAACUCCCCAGCCCCAGAUGUGUGGAGACAACUCCGCAUUCAAAGGCUGCCCCGCGCCCAUCUCCAAGCAGCCCCGGCCCAUCAGGGUUGUCCUGAAGCCUUGGCAGCAGUAGAAGCUUCUCCUGUUAGACCCGUCUUCCAGGACAGUUGGGGGAAGAGGGGUUAGCGUGUGGGGGACGGGGCAGUUGGGGGCAGAGGAGUCAGGGUGUUGGGCGCAGGCGGAGGGGAGCGGGGCAGUGUCACGGAGUGUGGGGGAGUCAGGGCCCGGCACCCCCACUUCCUGCGAUUCACCGGGACUCUCAGCCAGCCAGUAACACAGCAAGU